AUGAACAAAAACAUUGAGGAUCUCAUCGCAAAGUGCAAUAUUUGUGCGCAGUACCGAACAAUAAACCAGAAAGAACCUCUUAUGAGUUCUCCAGUCCCAACGCGUCCAUGGGAGUCGAUUGCAACAGACUUGUUUGAGUUUGGAAACAAAGAUUAUCUUGUUACAGUAGAUUACUACUCUAACUUUAUAGAGGUGGAUAGACUGUACUCGAAGACCAGCACUGAAGUAAUCCACAAAUUAAAGGCACACAUGGCACGGUACGGGAUACCGGAGAGGGUAGUCAGUGACAACGGUCCUCAAUACAGUUCCCGCGAGUUUCAGGAUUUUGCCACACGAUAUGAAUUCGAGCAUGUGACCUCGUCGCCUCGAUAUCCUCAAUCGAAUGGGAAAGCGGAAAGUGCUGUGAAGAUAGCAAAGCGAAUUAUGAAGAAAGCGUUGGAUGCGAAAGCAGAUCCGUACCUGGCAAUACUAGAACACCGGAACACGCCAUCGGAAGGUAUGACUACCUCGCCCGCCCAACGAUUGUUUGGCAGGAGAACAAGAUCCCAAAUUCCAAUCUCGCGCCAACUGCUUGAGCCCACCUGUACGCAUUCAACAAAGCAAGAGCUGAAAAAGGCAAGAGCUAAACAAGCCUACUAUUACAAUAGAGGAUCCAAGAAGCUUACACCACUCAAGGUCGGUGAUGCGGUUCGUAUGAUGCCCGAGAAAGGAAAGGAUAGGUGGAGGAAAGGGACGGUGAAAGCGAUUGUUAGUCCAAGGUCGUAUAUUGUGGCAACUGAUGAUGGAGGAAACUAUAGAAGAAAUCGCAGGCAUAUCCGGAAAACUGCAGAGCUAGGCGAUUCAGAAGCAGAUGUAGACGGAGAGUUGCCAGUGCAAGAGCAGGAUACACCAGGCCAGCAGCAGGAGCCUGAAUCUGAAGAACCAAUUCCUCAGCCACCUGUAGAGCACACCACUCCCAGGAGCACAGUGAGAACAUCAAAUAGACAAACACGUAGACCGGCAUAUCUUGAAGACUACGUGACUGAAAACUAAUAUAAAUGUUUGCCAUGGCAUAUGGAUCAGAAGUUGACAUUCAGGACAUGGACAACAUCACCGCCCUGAUGGAGCAAACAAUUGAGUGCAUCAGCGAAGUACAUCCUGAAUUUAUGCAAAAACAAAAAUUCCAUAUGUUGCUGCACUUACAGGAUGACAUGAGGAACUAUGGACCACCUAUUGGUUUCUGCACUGAAAGAUUUGAGGCAUUUAACUCCAUCAUCAGACAAUUGAAUAUCUU